UCGUAGCCAUGUUUUUGUUAGGCCGAAUAAUGUUUUGGCAAUUCGACAUUGCGCAGUAUUCGAAGUGGUGUGCUUGAGAAAGCACAUUGGUAAGCGGGAGCCAUGCGUGUAUACUAUGAAGAUUCAUAUCGCUAUGGUCAUCAUCAUCACCAUCAUCGUCCAAAUAUCGAAAUUGAUGUUUUCUCCGGCUACGGUGGGGCAUAUUAUCCGCCGCCGGUUGCUCGGCCCGAAGUCGUCGUCGUGAAUCCGGCAGUCAACUAUAUGCCACUACCGGGUGGACAAAUGAUGAUGCCACAGCCACAGCCACAGCCAUAUGGUGCCAUGGGCACCAUGGGCAACAUGGCAGCUAUGGGCUCAGCGAGCUACUAUCAACAGCAACAGGGCUAUCAGUAUCAAUACAACAAUCCCCCCUAUCCGCGCUGGUAAAACGCAGACAACGAACUAAAGCAAAUGACGAAAUCAGGCGAACGAGUGUCUAUCACUUAAUGAAAUCAAUAGGAAAUGUUUCUCGGCUAAUACGACAAGCAAACAAAAUAAUCUACAAGUUGCAAGCCAACAAUACCUCAAGAAAUACGUAUAAAAAAGUGUUUAAUAUACAUAUGUAUUGAUAGUUAAAAAUGUUUACUAUGUAUAAAUAUAACAGAUAACUUACACACA